AUGGACAACACAUUCACAUGGAUUCCCACAGGCCAGGAGCGAAAAACUACAUUCGCUAAGCGCUUGGUGCCUGAACCCUCGAAUGCCGCACCCGACGCCAAAAGAUUCAAAAACUCACACGACGACGAACUGCCCGAAACCAAAGCAGAUGUACGAUCUUCGACCGGCCCCCCGCAGAGGGUUCCUUUUCCCGACAAGCCUGCUGUUCUAGAAGAACGAAAUGGGGAGAUUGAAUUCCAAGUCGUCAACAAUGAUGGCGCCAAACAUAGCAUGAUCAUACUUACAGGUUUGAAAUGCUUAUUUCAAAAGCAACUACCCAAGAUGCCCAAAGAUUACAUCGCGCGCCUUGUCUACGACCGCACCCAUACCUCCAUUGCGAUUGUCAAGAAGCGUUUGGAGGUUAUUGGUGGGAUAACGUUCCGGUCAUUCAAAGCCCGCCAGUUCGCCGAGAUUGUUUUCUGUGCGGUGUCAUCUGAUCAGCAGGUGAAAGGAUACGGAGCGCACCUCAUGGCCCAUCUGAAGGACUAUGUCAAAGCCACAUCACCAGUCAUGCAUUUUCUUACCUACGCCGACAAUUACGCCACAGGUUAUUUCCAGAAACAAGGCUUUUCCAAGGAUAUUACUUUGGAUAAGUCCCUCUGGAUGGGUUAUAUUAAAGAUUACGAAGGCGGGACACUUAUGCAAUGCUCCAUGGUCCCGCGGAUACGCUACCUCGACACCGGUCGGAUGCUCCUCAAGCAAAAGGAAACCGUACAGGCCAAAAUCCGCGCCCUCAGCAAGAGCCAUGUCGUCCACCAGCCACCGCCCGAAUUCGCCGCCGGCAAACCCAUCGACCCGCUCUCCAUCCCCGCCAUCCGCGCGACGGGCUGGUCGCCGGACAUGGACGAACUGGCCCGCGUGCCGCGUCACGGUCCCCACUUCAACGAGCUUCGCCGCUUCCUGUACCAGAUCCAGAACCACAAGCAGGCCUGGCCCUUCCUCAACCCGGUCAACAGGGACGAGGUGCCCGACUACUACAAAUUCAUUGCCUCGCCCAUGGACUUGUCGACGAUGGAGGGUAGGCUGGAGAGCGACGCCUACGAGACGCCCAAGGACUUGGUGGCGGACCUGAAGCUCAUUUUUAGCAACUGCCGCCAGUAUAAUGAUGCGUCGACCGUGUAUGCGAAGUGUGCGGCCAAGCUGGAGAAGUAUAUGUGGAGCCUGAUCAAAGAGAUACCGGAGUGGUUUGAGUUGUUGGAGGAUUGA